AUGGACAACCACAAGGAUCGGACUGAAUCCAUGCACGUCAUUCUACGGGUCAUGCAGCUAUUCGGCCUCUGGCCAUGGUCGCUGAGAGAAGGAGAACAGUGGACCAUAUCGGGUUUCGUGAAGCGCAAUUACCGAUUCCUGCUACACCUGCCCAUAACCUUCACCUUCAUUGGACUCAUGUGGCUGGAGGCCUUCAUCUCCAGCAACCUGGAGCAGGCAGGCCAGGUGCUCUACAUGUCCAUCACGGAAAUGGCGCUGGUAGUGAAGAUCUUGAGCAUAUGGUACCACCGCACAGAGGCUUGGCAGCUGAUGCAAGAGCUCAAACAUGCGCCGGACUAUGAACUUCGAGGGGAGAAAGAGUUGGAUUUCUGGCGUAGGGAGCAGCGCUAUUUCAAGUGGUUCUUCUACAUCUACAUACUGAUCAGCCUGGGAGUGGUCUACAGUGGAUGCACUGGAGUGCUUUUCCUCGAGGACUACGAGCUGCCUUUUGCUUACUAUGUGCCCUUUGAGUGGCGUAGUGAAAAGGGUUAUUGGUUCGCCUAUGGUUACGACAUGGCGGGGAUGACCCUUACCUGUAUCUCCAACAUAACCCUGGACACCCUUGGCUGCUAUUUCCUGUUCCACAUAUCCCUUUUGUACCGUCUGCUGGGACUGCGAUUGAGAGCUCUCAAGAAUAUUGAAGAUGAUGCUUCGUUUGGCUGCGAAUUGCGAACCAUCUUCAGGUUGCAUCAAAGUGUCCGAAGGCUAACUCUGACCUGCCAGAAAAUCGUCUCGCCCUACAUUCUUUCGCAGAUCAUCCUGAGUGCCUUGAUCAUCUGCUUCAGCGGAUAUCGUCUGCAGCAUGUGGGAAUCCGGGACAAUCCUGGCCAAUUCGUGGCCAUGCUGCAGUUCCUCAGCGUGAUGAUCCUGCAGAUCUAUCUGCCAUGCUAUUAUGGGAAUGAAGUAACCGUCCAUGCAAACCAGUUGACCAACGAGGUCUAUCACACCAAUUGGCUGCAGUGUGGGACUCCGAUUCGUAAGCUACUGAACGCCUACAUGGAGCACCUAAAGAGACCGGUAACCAUUCGAGCCGGCAACUUCUUCGCCGUGGGAUUACCCAUUUUUGUCAAGACCAUCAACAAUGCCUACAGCUUCUUUGCCCUGCUACUGAAUGUGUCAAAGUGA